AUGCUCUUUGCAGCAGUGCUGGACGCUGGCCUGAUUCCUUUCUACGUAUUCACUGCCUUGAUCUCCCGAACGGAACAUGAAUCGAAGAGCUAUGGUUGGAAGACACUGUUUAGUGACGACAAUGCCAAUGCGAAGAUCAUCUAUGCUACGUUUCUCAUUGCCAUGACAGUUGGUGGGUUUCAUCUCGCGUCGUUGAUUGUGGAUAUCUAUCUGGCGGUGGUGUUCCGCAAGAUAACCAAGUUGCCACCAGACAUGAACCCGUUGGAAGAUAACUUAACUGCCCGUCCGCAUAAGCGCACCAGAUCUGAGAUAGCCGAGAAGCAUCUUAGUCAAAGCACAAUUGGCUCGUCUGAGACGGAUCCAUACAACACCAUCCUGCCAGCUACUCGCACGGUGCCAUUUGCGCACACAAGGACCGAUUCCGGAGUGACUCUCACAGGCACCACCCAGCCCCAGAAGCAGGUAGAUGACCGGUCGUCAUACUACUCUGCUAAGUCGCACCGUCGCUCGCGUUCUGAUCUCCCAAGCCAACAGGUUCGCCAGUAUGAGGAAUCUAGUCGACCCAAAACACCCAUUUCUCGCACCACCAUUAAGGGGAGAGGAAACGGAUCAUCCAGGCCCCAGUCCGCUGUUUUCCAUACUCCGCCGUCCACCACACAAUCCCGGCCAUCGUCUGGAGAUAUCCAGAACCGUGGUCCAAGUGUAUCUUCUAACUGGGAGGCGUAUCCUUCAAAUCCUCCAUCGCCUGAGCUGAAUGCUCAAGGAGCUUCGCCAUUCAGAGAUUCUGUCGGUAACCCAGCGCUGGACGAUGAAGAUGCAAUCUGGGACGAUAAUUUCGAGGGAGAUGAUGAUCUGAUUCAACGAAGUGGUACCGUUCUGCGACACCGAGGAGUAUACGCUGCUGUAGAUGACGACGACGACGAUGAAGACGAGGCAAUCCUUAAUCCCAACGAAUCAGACAAUAUGUUUGGAUAUCAACAAAGCCAGGGCGAGCGUUAUUAUUCCAAAGGCAAAACUGAGCAGUUCAACCACAAUUCUGGUCUGGAGGUGAAUCCACUAUCCAUGAAUCCGCCAACUCCCCGCCCACUGGAUCCAGAGGAGGAGAGCAAGGAAGCUGCUCGAAGCGAUGUCCGUCGUGAGGUACUUUCUAACCUUCCAAACCCAUCUGCCACCCCUUCCAAAGCUACGCCUGGUAGUAAGUCACGCUCGUAUGGGGAACUUGCAAAGAACACUCCGUCCCCUGGUAGCAACAAGAAACUGUCAUCCCGUUGGAGACGUAAGAGCGGCCGAGUGUCAGCUUACGAAUCUCUCCGAGGAGAGACUGAUGACGCUGAUGACAACUUUGAGUCGCACGUCGGCAAAGGUGAGACUGACCGCAAAGGACGAGUUGUUAGCAACACUGGCAUCGACCUUGGCCCAGAUCUAGGUUCCGGCUCGCCAGGGUACGGAAAUUAUCUAGCCGGCUUGGGAGUUGGCCGCCGUCGCGAGGUCAGUGGGAAAGUUGCAGAAGAAGGGAGGGGCGGUGACCUCAUCCCAGAUGAGAGUGAAUCAUCCCCGUCCAAGAACAAAGGAGGCCAUCAACCUUCAAAAUCGAAGGAAAUUAAAGCUGCGGGCUGGGCACGGUGGAAGGGUUUGUGA